AUGCUUUACUGCUCACUGUCUUCUUAUCAUCAAGUUAUCUAUAAAUCAUUGACCCAAAAUUUAAAUGUAUGGACUAAUGUCGCCGGUGUAAGUAAUACAGCUGGAUCGACAUCGACCACACUUCAUAGUCCUUAUGGAAUCUUUAUCGAUAAAUACUUAAACUUAUAUGUGGCUGAUAAUGGAAAUAAUCGGAUUCAAAAAUUUGCAUCAGGACAAUCAAAUGGAAUAACAAUAUCAACAGGAGCCAUCACACUCUCCAUUCCAACUGGAGUUAUACUCGAUAGUGAUGGAUAUGUUUUUAUUGUUGACAAUGGCAACAAUCGUAUUAUUGGUUCAGGACCUAAUGGCUUUCGAUGUAUAGCAGCAUGUUUUGGAUCAUAUGGUUCAUCAUCCAGCCAAUUAUAUUAUCCACAAAGCAUGAGUUUUGACAGUUAUGGAAAUAUAUUUGUCAUCGAUCAAUACAAUCAGAGAGUACAAAAAUUUCUCUUUUUAUCAAACUCAUGUAAUACAACCACAGUAACAACUACCAUUAUAUCAUUCAACCAACCAAAAUUUGGCGCCUAUGCUACUUGGGAUAGUGUUGCUAUCAUUUUUGCAAAUAGUAGUACCGUUGGCACAAGUCCAUAUGGAAUUUUUAUAGACACUAGCAAUACGGUUUAUGUAGCCAAUAAAGCAAACAAUCAAAUUCAAGUAUGGUUAUCAGGAAGUAGUAUACCUACAAGAAAUAUUACUAGUGGUGUUACUUCUCCAUAUAGUAUCUUUGCUACCAUCACUGGUGAUAUUUAUGUCGAUAAUGGAUAUGCAAAUAAUCGAGUCGAUAAAUGGGCAUCAUACGGAAAUAUAAGUAGUUCAAUAAUGCAAGUUCAAGGUGCAUGUUAUGAUCUCUUUAUCGAUAUUAAUAAUAAUCUUUACUGUUCAAUGUAUACUCAAAGUCAAGUUGCUAUAAAAUCAUUGAAUGGCAAUUCAAGUCUGUGGAUCGUUGCAGCUGGUACAGGUUGUUCUGGAUCAACUUCAAAUACACUUGAUAAUCCUCGUGGAAUCUUUGUUGAUACAAAUCUUAAUUUAUAUGUUGCUGAUUGUGGAAACAAUCGAGUACAAUUAUUUUUAUCUGGACAAGUAACAGCAACGACAGUAGCAGGAAGUACAGCUAAUGGAACAAUCUCACUUAGUUGUCCUAGUGAUGUUGCACUUGAUGGCGAUGGAUAUCUUUUUAUUAUAGACAGUAAUAAUAAUCGUAUUAUUGGUUCAGGACCUAAUGGCUUUCGAUGUAUAAUUGCAUGUACAUCUACCAGUGGUUCAGCAUCCAAUCAAUUAAGUAAUCCAUCGACUUUUAGUUUUGAUAGUUGUGGAAAUAUAUAUGUUACUGAUCAAAGUAAUAAUCGAGUACAACAAUUCACUCUGCAAAUCAACAACUGCACAAAACCGACCACCACCACUACUACUACCACUACCAGUACCACAAGUAGCAGUAGUAUAACUACUACUACCACCAGCAGUACUACAAGCAGUAUCAUUGCUACAAGUACCACUACCACUGCCACCACCACCAGCACCACCAAUAGUGCUACUACUACUACUAUCAUCACAAGUACUACAACAAGUAGCAGCAGCACUUCAAGUAGUACUACCACAAGCAGCAGUAGUACAUCAAGUAGCACUACUACUACCACCAGCAGUAGUACUACAAGUAUUAUCCAAACGACUGUUGGUGAAAGUACGACACAAACUCUGGAAGAUAUCUUCAUUUCAACAGUAAAAGACUCAACAAUAAUGUCAAACACAGCAUCCAUAACAACUUCUCAAACAUUAAAUAUUAAUGAAACUUGUAAUUCACCGACGAUUACAUUGAUUCCUGGGCAAUCAUCUCUAUCAUCUCCAAUGUCGUAUCGACGUAGCCAAGAUUUUUUUAUUAGUUCAAUGAUUGAAUUUAAUUGUGAUGGUUCACUUUCGAUAACUAAAAAAUGGACAGUAAAGAAUUGUACUUCAACUAGUUGUUCCUUUGAAAUUGUAUUAAAUGAAAAAGUUAUGACAACAUAUAGUGAACUUUAUAUUCCAGCAAGAACUCUUGAUUAUGGUAUUUAUCAAUUAACAUUAACUGUAACAAUGGUUGAUUCACCGAAUUUAAAAUCAUCAGCUUCAGUUUAUGUGAGAAUAACGGCAACAGGUAUAACAGCAAAUCUUGUUCAAUUAGGAACAUCUAUGAUAACACGAGGUGAUCAACAGGAUCUUUUACUUGAUCCUGGAACAUUUUCGGUUGAUCCUGAUGAAAAUACAUUUGAUGCAACUAAAUGGAAAUAUACAUAUUAUUGUCGAAUUUAUGAUUUAUAUAAUUUUCCAAAUAUACAAGGAAUAUUAUUAUCAAUUGAUGAUUCAACAGUUGAUCCUUAUAAUCCAUCAUGUUUGUCAAAUCGAUCAGGAAAUGAAACAGGAUUGAUAUUCGGUAAUUUAACUUCAUCACCAAAUUCAUCUCUAACAGUUCUCAGUGGUUCACUUCAGUUAAAUCAAAUGUAUCAAUUUAUGGUCUAUAUGGAGAAUCGUAAAAAUUCUUCUAUUCAAGCAACAGGUUUUGUACUUGUUACAAUUGAAGUUACUCAUCCACAACUGAUUGCUGUCGGUUGUGUAAUAUCACCCAUGUGUGUUCCAGAUCUUGAAUUUCAACUUCUUAAUCCAACAACACAAGUUGCUCUAUUUACUCUUUGUAUUGGAACUUGUACAAAUCUUCAAAGUAUUAAAUGGAAUAUUUACCAAGGAUCAGACAAUUCAACAUCUUCAAAUUCUACUCAAUGGAUUUUAUUUAAUCAAACAAGUUCAUAUGAAAAUAUUUGGUUUUUUGGUACAAAUACAAGUAAUUUCACAGCAACAGAUCAAUUAUUUCUUAAUAAUCUUCAAAUAAGUCUUUGGCGUUUUGAAGUUGUUUAUACAUUUCUAUCUGCAAUAAGUACAAGUGCAUUGAAUUUUGUUAUUAAUCAAGCGCCUUCAAAUGGUUCGUGUUCAAUUAAUCCUCUUAAUGGUACUAUAACUACUUUAUUCAAUAUUACGUGUCCAAACUGGUAUGAUGUAGAUGGAAUACAAGAUUAUUCAUUAUAUACAUGGACAACAGACAUAUCACAACAAACAAUAAUUGCAUUUUCAUCAGAAUUUAGUUUUCAAGUUCGAUUACCAGCUGGUGAUAAUGAAACUUCAUUACUCAAUCUUGUUGUUUAUGUUCGAGAUCUUGUGGGUUCUGUUAUACAAGUGAAUAUAUCUUCUGUUAAUGUUAUUGCAGAUUUGGCAAUAAUCAAUGAUUUAAUCGAUAAAAUAACAAAUUCAUCAAAUACAAUAACAAAUAAUCCGAUUGUUCGAUUACUUUCAAGUGGAAAUCAAAAUGUUGUUGGACAAAUGAUUAUUUCAUUAUCACAAGAAUUCAAUCAAAUGAAUAGUGAAAAUUUACAUAAAGCCAUAUCGAAUGGAAUAUCAGCUGUAAAUAUUUCAGUAUCACCAUUAAGAAUUCAAAGAUUACAACAAAUAUCAAUACUAUUGAAUGAAUCAGCUUUGAUUAAUUAUAAUACAGAAUUAAAUUCUCUAUCAAAUGUUCGAGAUUAUCUAUUACCAUUUAUAACUAAUCUCCUCAUAACAACAUCAAAUAGUAUUAUAUUACAAUCAACAUCAUUAGCUCAACUGACUCAAGCAACAAAUCAAUUAACACGAAAUACUUUAAUGCUUGUAUCAAAUAGAUGUUAUGAAUUAUCUGCUGCUUUAUAUUCAAUGUUUGAAAGAAUAUCAUAUGAAGAUGCUCAAUCAGCAUCAAAUCAACUUUUUCAAUGUGCUUCAAAUAUUUUGAACGGUGUGAAUGCGCCAUUACAAGGACGAACAGAUGUACUUGAUUUGGAUUAUUCUCGUGCAAAUGCCAUACCUACUGAUUAUGAUACUGAUCUUGAAUCUGCAUGGUCAAAUUUAAAUUUAUUUUCUGAUGGAAAUGAUUUUUCUAUUGAAACAAUUGAAAAAAAUCGAAAUAUUUAUUAUCAAAAACAGUUAGCAAAUCAAAUCAAUACUCAAGUAACACAAAUGAUAUCAUUAUUAACUUCUUCAUUAAAUAUUCAUAUAAAUAUCGGUCAAAAUUAUCUAAUGAAUACAUCUCAAUCAUUUGUAUCAUUAGAAACUAUAUCAAUUCAAUCACUCAAAGAUAGACUUGUGAAACAAGUUGAAAAUGCUCAAUUCAAUAUUCCAUCAGAUUUUAUUUUAAAUACAACGUCUACUUCUUCAAUUUCACUUCGAUCAAGAGUAGAUCCACUUGCUUCAUAUGGAAAUUUUCAAAAUACAAAUCUUUCAAGAUCAAUUUCACUAUCAAUUAUUGAUCAAAAUGGAAAUGAGGUUUCUUUUGAAGCCUACCAAAAUAAUCCAAUACAAAUGAUUAUUCCUCGUGAUCCAAAUAUAUUAAUUCCAUCAAUGUAUUUACAAAAUGUUACAUUAGUUAAUUCAACUAUUAAUAAUUUAUUAUUCAAUUAUCAUUAUAUUAAUAUAACAAGUUCACUUCCAAUUUCAGUUCAUUUGGAAAUUCAUUCUUUAAAUCGAAGUCUUGCUUAUUUAUUUAUUUAUAAAUUUGAUCAAACACCACAAUUAAAUAGUUCAAUUAAUCUCAUUGAUGGAUGGACAAUUUUUUGUCCUUUCAAUUUAACCAAUGAUGAUAUAUAUCGAUAUUUUAUUGAUAAUCAACAAACACCUGAUCAUCAAUCGUUAAUAUUUGGAAUAAGAGAAUUAAAUUCAACAGAAAUUAAUAAUUAUUGUUUAAAUAAUUCAUCAAUAAAUACGUCUUUACCAAUCACCGAUGAACCAUAUGAUUUUACAUCAAAUUAUGAACUUCGUAUAUAUACAUCAGGUUGUUAUUAUCUUGAUGAAAAUAAUCAAUGGAAAUCAGAUGGAUUAACAGUUGGUCCUUUGACAAAUCUCUAUGAAACGGAAUGUCUUUCAACUCAUUUAACGACAUUUGCUGGUGGUUUUAUUGUUUUACCUACACCAAUUAAUUGGAGUUAUGUUUUUGCAAAUGCUGAUUUGAUAAAAAAUAAAACUGUUUAUUUAACAGUGAUAUUUACUUCAAUAUUUUAUAUGAUUUUAAUGAUUUAUGCACGAUUUGGAGAUAAGAAAGAUUUUGAAAAAUUGGGAGUAACACCAUUAGCUGAUAAUAAUAAAUCUAAUCACUAUUAUUAUCAAAUUCUUGUUUUUACUGGUCAAAGAACAAAUGCAGGGACAGAUUCAAAAGUUCAUUUUGUCUUAUCGGGUGAGAAUGAUCAAACACAAAUUCGAUUAUUUUCUGAUCCUCAUCGAAAAAUUCUUCAACGUGGUGGAAUUGAUUCUUUUAUUAUUGCUGUUCCAAAAUCAUUGGGCUUAUUAAAUUAUAUUCGUAUUUGGCAUGAUAAUACAGGUGAAGGUUCUUCAGCAUCAUGGUAUCUAAAAUAUAUUAUUGUUCGAGAUUUACAAACUAUGGAUAAAUCUUAUUUUAUUUGUCAACAAUGGUUUGCAGUUGAAAAAGAUGAUGGACGAAUUGAAAGAACUUUACCAAUUGCUAGUGAAGCAGAAAAGCAAGAAUUUUCAUAUCUAUUAUCAAAAAAAGCUUAUCAUAUUGUGUCCGAUGGUCAUUUAUGGUUUUCAAUAUUUUCUCGUCCACCAUCAAAUAGAUUUACACGUGUUCAACGAUGCACUUGUUGUUUUGUUUUACUUUUCACUUCAAUGUUAAUUCAUAUAAUGUAUUAUGAUUUAUCGAAAGAAGCGAAAGCAUUAAGUAAAGCACAUAGUGGUGCUUUAUCAAUUGGUCCUUUUUAUAUAGCACCUCAACAGAUUGGAAUUGGUAUAGUAGUCGAAUUAUUUACAUUAAUUUCAAGUGUUUUAAUUGUUCAAUUCUUUCGACGUAUUCGAUCUCGCCAACACAUUUCACGAUUACAUGAAGCAUUAUAUAAGAUAAAACCAUCACAACAAACUAGUUCGGAAAAUGUCCAUGCAAUUACGAAAAAGAAAUCUUCAAUAACAUUUCCUUGGUGGUGUUUAUUUAUUGCUUAUGGUCUUUCAAUGAUAAUUAUUGCUGUUUCGAUAUUUUUUAUCAUUGUUCGAGGAAUUGAAUUUGGUGACGUCAAAACUCAACAAUGGUUAACAUCUGUUCUUACUGGUUUUUUCUCAUCAGUUGUUCUUACUCAACCUAUCAAAAUUGUAUGUUUGGCUAUAUUCUUUAUAUGUUUUUGUCGAAAUUCAAAUAAUGAUAAAGAAACAAGUGAAUAUAUAAAUGAUGAUGAUGAAUUUAAUUUAGGCAAUGAUGAAGAUUAUCUUCAAUCACCGGAGUUUCACUCGUUAUUUUCUUCUCCAUCUUUAAAAAGUAUUAAUCGUCUUAAUGAAAAUGAAAUUGCUCAUGCUCGUGAUCAACGUUUAAAACAAAUUCAAAUGUUGACAAUUAUUCGAGAAUUUCUGAUUAAUUUGAUAUUUGCAAUAUUAAUUUUUGUCAUAACUUAUUCAAAUCGUGAACAACAUAGUUUUUUUCAAGUCAAUCAUUUACGGGCUUAUUUUCUCGAUCAAAGACAAACUACAGUUGAUUAUACUAAAAUCAAUACAAUCGAUGAAUAUUGGUAUUGGUUAGAAAAUAGUUUUGUUUCAAAUGUUCGUGCACAACAAUGGUAUAAUGGAGAUAUUCCACAAUAUUUAAAUGGAUUUUUAAAUGAUAAAUCUAAUCGAUUCAUUGGUUGGGCAACAAUGAGACAAUUACGUGUUAAAUCAGAAUUAUGCCCCAAUCAACGUGUUAUUUUAACAUGCCAAGAUAGUUAUAGUUUUGCUAAUGAAGAAACAGAAUUAUUUCAACCACGAUGGACAACAAAUGCAACGACUGAAGAAUUCAGUUCAUCGGUGAUAAAAGCAUUUAACUAUACUACGAGUGAUGAAUUAGAUACAUAUACAUAUGUAGGUGAAUUUGCAACAUAUAGAGGAGGUGGUUAUGUAUAUGAAUUUCGUGGUAGUUUAUCUGAUAUGAAAACAAAUUUAUCUAAACUUCAUCAAUUAGAUUGGAUUGAUGAGAAAACAAGAGCUGUUUUUAUUCAACUAACAUUAUAUAAUCCAAGUGUUGAAUUAUUAACUGCAGUUACUUUACUUGCUGAAUUUUUACCAACAGGUGGUAUUUAUACAACAGCUCGUUUCGAACCAAUUAAUUUCUACACAUUUACAUCAAUAUUACAAUUAGUUUGUACAAUUCUCUACAUAUUUUUUAUUAUUUAUUUUAUGAUCAUUGAAAUUCGAUUAGUAUUUAAAUUAAAAUUAAAAUAUUUUUAUCAAUUUUGGUCAUUAAUUCAAUUAGGUAUAAUUGGUUGUUCAGUAGGAAGCAUUGGAGUUUAUUUUUGGCGUUUUCAAGAAGCGAAUCGUAUAAGUCAAUUAUUUGAACAAACAAAUGGUUAUAUUUAUAUAAACUUACAACUAGCAGUUUAUGUUAAUGAUAUAUUAACAUUUCUUCUUGGUUAUUGUUGUUUUUUUAGUAUGAUUAAAUUUAUUCAAUUAUUUCGAUUUAAUCAACGAGUAUCUUUAUUUGCUGAAACAUUAAAAUAUUGUGCAAAGGCACUGAUUUCAUUUUCAAUGAUGUUUGCAAUUGUAUUUAUGGCAUUUCUUAGUUUAUUUUAUUUAUUAUUUGUAUCAAAACUUUCGUCAUGUUCAAGUUUAAUAUCAACUGCUCAAAUGCUUUUUGAAAUGACAUUAAUGAAAUUUGACGCAUCACAAAUAAUGAGAGCUGAUGCUUUUCUUGGUCCAUUCUGUUUUACGUUAUUUAUUCUUCUCGUUGUUUUUGUUUGUUUAAGUAUGUUUCUUUCAAUAAUUAAUGAUAGUUUUCGUCAUGCGAAAGACGACAAUCAAAAAGAAGAUCAACUUAUAUUAUCAUUUAUGCUAAAGAAAUUUUUAAGAUGGACAGGUCUGAAAAAACUAAGUCAAUUAGAAAUUCAAGGAGAACGAGAUUGUCGAAUGCGGUCUCAAUAUUUUGAUCCAAUUGAAAAUUUUCCUGAUAGAAUGGAUCAAUUACUAGAAGCACUCAAUAGAAUUUAUAUUGAUCAAAGAAAGGAAUUAGCAAGGCUGAACAAAGCUGGACUCUAA